CAGCGUUAAGUCCCUCAACUAGGAAGUGACUCUUGCUCAACGACCAUUGCUGCUGUCAACAAGAAAAUAUUAGUAUUAUAAACAAAAUGCAGCGCACAAAGAGCGUUAAAGUGAAAGAAGUCAUAACGUCUCUCUGUAAACUACUUUCUGGAUUAAACGUUGAGUCGAUUCCGACAGCUGAGACAUUCAGGAGAGCCAAGUUCAACAGAAAAGAUGCGGUGGUGGACAUGUGGAGUUUGUUAAAUAGGCUUCUGCAGAGAGCCUUUGCACUGGACUGUGCGUGCCGGGACUCUAAACACCAAGAGUUUGACACACAGCUGCUGUUUGUGAGGAGUGCUCUGUGUUACUGUGGCUAUGGGGCUCCUUGGGUGGUGGAGCCCAGGCCCACGAGUCACAUAGAGGAGAUGGAGAGCCGAGAUCUGCUGUUGGCGCUUGGCUGGCUGCUGGCAUCGGGAAAUCUGCUGGACUUCCUGCUGGCAGAGAAGGUUUAUCAGUUAGACACGCUCUCUUCUGCACCAACGAUCCCCCAGGGUCCAAUUAGUGGGCUGGAUGAUCUAAUGGCAUGUGGAUCAGGUGAGGAACUCACGGUGAAGAAGGAUCAAGAAAUUCAGGCACUGCAGUGGCAAUAUGGGAAACUAAGACUACAGUGGAAAAGCUUACUUUCAGCCCAGGAGGAAAGGUCCAAAUUCACCCAUAGGGUCAUCUCCAGUAUCAGUUCCUCUGCUGUACGUCAUCCUCAUGCCACUGGUUCCCAUCAAACCAACAUGACAUCCACUGCACUUGACAAGGACCUGGAGCGGAUUCAAGCGCUGAAUGAAAUUCUGGAGGCGUAUCUGGAUUGGAAACUCCACGAGCCUUUAUUCUGGUGCUGGAUGGACAGUGUGAUGGACAGCUCCCUUACUGAUGCGUCCGAGGUGAAGCCAGCCGUUUGGCCACCAGGGGGGCAGACUGUCACGGCGACGUGUCCCCAUGGCGACAAGACCAGGAGAGCAGUCAGACAACUUGACAAGAUGUUGCUAAGGCUGCAGACAGAACUGAGAGCCAGAAGAAUAGAGCAGGCCACACUCGCGCUCGCCUCACAGGGGGGACAUCAGGGGGCUUCUCGGCUUUCUGACAGGCAGAGAAUGGAGGUGGAGAAGACGGUUGCGGGUUAUUUAGAGGGUCUGCGUCUUAGUAACACCUCCGCGAUCACAUCAAAAGGCUUUGUGCCAUGUCUCCAGGAUCCACAGCCCACAAAGCCACCUCGCAGGUUCCACAGUGCAGAACCUGGCCUGGCAGUGACAGCUGGGAAGCUCCAGGCAUCUACGGUUUUGGGCGAGCUGAGGGAGAGAGAGGCUGUUCUGCAAUGGCAGCUGGAGCGAUUGAGGCAAAGUAUGAGAGUGGAAUUGCAAAGACAGGCCAGCACAAUGGAGGGGGUGAUCCUCAUCCCGCCAAUUAAGAGAUAAACAGACUUUUUAGGCCACUAUAUAUGGACUGGGACUUAAAGCUUCAUUUUGAAAGGCUAAAUAAGUGAAGUCUGUUUUCGUGCAUUUUCUGAUGAACUAUCGAGAUGGUUCACCCCAAAAUGAGAUGAGGGACCCCCCCAUACCGUGUUAACUCUGUGUGCCUUUGUUCCUUUUUGCACGAUUAAAGGAUAUAAUAAAACAAAAUGUCCUGCUUUUAA